UUCAUCUUGCCCUGUGUUCCUGGAUGAGCUCUGGGGGAACUUUUUGGGUUCGGUGUACACUGCAGCUGGACUCGAGUGUACAUGGCACCUUGGGCAGCGGACGGUCUUCAGACAAGGGGCCAUCGUGGUCCAGCCGUUCCCUGGGCGCCCGCUGCCGGAACUCCAUCGCCUCCUGUCCCGAGGAGCAGCCCCACGUAGGUAACUACCGCCUGCUGCGGACCAUCGGGAAAGGCAACUUUGCCAAGGUCAAGCUGGCUCGGCACAUCCUCACAGGACGAGAGGUCGCAAUCAAGAUCAUUGAUAAAACCCAGUUGAACCCCAGCAGCCUGCAGAAGCUGUUCCGAGAAGUCCGAAUCAUGAAGGGCCUAAACCAUCCCAACAUCGUGAAGCUCUUCGAAGUAAUCGAGACAGAGAAGACACUCUACCUAGUGAUGGAAUAUGCAAGUGCCGGAGAAGUGUUUGACUACCUCGUGUCCCAUGGCCGCAUGAAGGAGAAGGAAGCGCGAGCUAAAUUCCGACAGAUUGUAUCGGCUGUGCACUACUGUCACCAGAAAAACAUUGUCCACAGGGACCUGAAGGCUGAGAACCUCUUGCUGGAUGCCGAAGCCAACAUCAAGAUCGCGGACUUCGGCUUCAGCAACGAGUUCACGCUGGGCUCGAAGCUGGACACCUUCUGCGGGAGCCCCCCGUAUGCCGCCCCUGAGCUGUUCCAGGGCAAGAAGUACGAUGGGCCCGAGGUGGACAUCUGGAGCCUCGGCGUCAUCCUGUACACCCUGGUCAGCGGCUCCCUGCCCUUUGACGGGCACAACCUCAAGGAGCUGCGGGAGCGCGUGCUCAGAGGCAAGUACCGCGUCCCCUUCUACAUGUCCACAGACUGUGAGAGCAUCCUGCGGAGAUUCUUGGUGCUGAACCCCGCUAAACGCUGUACCCUUGAGCAAAUCAUGAAAGACAAAUGGAUGAACAUCGGCUACGAGGGCGAGGAGUUGAAGCCAUACACGGAGCCCGAGGAAGACUUUGGGGACACCAAACGGAUUGAGGUGAUGGUGGGCAUGGGCUACACCCGGGAAGAAAUCAAAGAGGCCUUGACCAGCCAGAAGUACAAUGAAGUGACCGCUACCUACCUCCUGCUGGGCAGGAAGACUGAGGAGGGUGGGGAUCGGGGCGCCCCUGGGCUGGCCCUGGCACGGGUGCGGGCGCCCAGCGAUACCACCAAUGGCACGAGCUCCAGCAAAAGCAGCAGCCACAGCAAGGGGCCGCGGAGCUCCUCGUCCACCUACCACCGCCAGCGCAGGCACAGUGACUUUUGCGGCCCAUCCCCUGCCCCCCUGCACCCUAAACGCAGCCCGACCAGCACAGGGGAGGCAGAGCUGAAGGAGGAGCGGCUGCCUGGCCGGAAGGCCAGCUGCAGCGCGGCGGGCAGCGGGAGCCGAGGGCUGCCCCCUUCCAGCCCCAUGGUCAGCAGUGCCCACAACCCCAACAAGGCGGAGAUCCCCGAGCGGCGGAAGGACAGCACGAGCACCCCUAACAACCUUCCUCCCAGCAUGAUGACCCGCAGGAACACCUACGUGUGCACUGAGCGCCCUGGGGCCGAUCGCCCAUCCCUGUUGCCAAAUGGCAAAGAAAACAGCUCGGGCACCCCCCGGGUGCCCCCUGCCUCCCCCUCCAGCCACAGCCUGGCCCCUCCAUCCGGGGAACGGAGCCGCCUGGCACGGGGCUCCACCAUCCGCAGCACCUUCCACGGUGGCCAGGUCCGGGACCGGCGGGCAGGGGGCGGGGGUGGCGGGGGUGUGCAGAACGGUCCUCCUGCCUCCCCCACGCUGGCCCACGAGGCUUCACCCCUGCCCUCCGGGCGACCGCGCCCCACCACCAACCUCUUUACCAAGCUGACCUCCAAACUGACCCGCAGGGUCGCAGACGAACCUGAGAGAAUCGGGGGACCUGAGGUCACAAGGUGAGUGGGGACCCUCCCCUAACACCCACAGGCAG